CACUAGCUAGUAUUUUAUUCCCUAUGACCCGGAUGUUGACCUCACUAGCUAGUAUCACAUGUUGAUGCUAGUUGUCAGUUAGCUUCGCAUCUAAAUGGAGAUAAAUAUGAAGAAGACGAGUUCUCAGGAUCUGCUGUCCUGUGGGAACGGAGAAGGUCUCAGUGAGAAGCUUCUCCUCAAGCCGAAGGCUGGCAGAUCGCUGCAGACGGAGAGAGUCCCGAGAAGCAGCGUGUUGGAGCGGCUGCAGAGCUUCCUGCCUCAGAUGGCCGAGGCCAACGAGAAGCUGAAGCAGCAGAUGGAUGAAGCUCCCGCCGGACGCUUCGACAUAGAGAGUGUGGAGGAAGCGGAGAGGGUCAUAGAGAUGGACGUAGCGCUGGUGGAGCUCAGCGGGUCGGACAGCAACUCCGAAGACGAAGAGACUCGGGACUCUGAGGAGGAGGAGGACUCUGCCGAGGAGACGGAGAUCACGGAGCAGAAGCUCGUAUUACCUGGAGACAAAGGCAAGAAGAAGAAAGCCAACAUCCAGGUUCUCCAUCAACAGGGAGAGUAGAAAAAGAUGGACUGCACAGACUUUUGGCUGCGUGCUGAGUUUCCCUCUGAGGUGGAUUAAACUGACCAAACCGUCUGCCUCGGGCAUGGAGGGAUUUCAACCGCAGAGACGGAGAACAGGAAGCUCCUGUGUGAAGAGAUGCAGAUCUUCCUCGUCCCUAUAGUGUUGCACAGUAUACCAUGAUACCCUGUUUUAUUAGUACUUGACUGAAUGACAGUGUUUUAACAGGAGCUGUGAGUUGCGUCAAUGUGCGACCGCAGGGCCGUGUGUGCAGCGCUCUGCUUAACAGGGGUGGAGAGGAAAAGCAGUCCGGUGAGAGAAACUCUUCUCUCUCUUCACACCACUUCUGACAGAACUUCAUCUGAAUUUUCUCAUCGUUUUAUGUUUUUUUUGUUUUGGAAGGCUCUCGGUGCUGCAGUACCACUCUCCGCCUUAACUGUUAUGUGCCAGCAGGGGGCGUUGUUUUACAAAAAGAAAGCCUUAUUAAUGAGUGAUAUCAGAAUCAGAAAUACUUUAUUGAUCCCCGGGAGGAAAUUACAGUUGUUCCAAUUUAGAAUU